CUCAUAUGCUUUCCCUCGGCUCUUUGGAAGAUUUUCUUUCUCAAACCAUUGGAGUAAGCAUGUGUCCUAUGUGUAUUUGCAUAUCAAGCUUCAUCUCUUUUCUAAAGGCAGAUAAGAAUUGGCUUAAAAAAGUCCAUGGUUCUGACUCCUUUCGUCACAUCACAAACUUUCAUUCAUGCUUGUUGGGUUUGGUUAUUUAUUUAUUUUUCUGAAAUAUUGGGAUGUCUGUGGAUGUUCGCUUGCAGGGACUGGAGAAAUAUGUUAUGACAAAACUGUUUAAUCGGGUUUUUGCAUCACUGCCAGAAGAUGUGAAGCAUGAUGAAGAACUUUUUGAGAAGAUGGCUUUAUUACAACAAUUUGUACGCCCUGAAAAUCUGGAUAUAACACCAAGCUUCCAAAAUGAAACAUCAUGGCUGCUUGCACAAAAGGAACUGCAGAAGAUCAAUAUGUAUAAGGCUCCUAGAGACAAACUUGUUUGUAUCCUGAAUUGUUGUAAAGUCAUUAACAACUUAUUGCUAAAUGCUUCUAUUGCAUCAAAUGACAACCCUCCUGGAGCAGAUGAAUUCCUUCCGGUCCUCAUUUAUGUUACAAUAAAGGCAAACCCUCCACAGUUGUAUUCAAACCUGCUAUACAUACAGCGGUACAGGCGUCAAUCACGAUUAGUCUCUGAGGCGGCAUAUUUCUUCACAAAUAUACUCUCUGCAGAAUCUUUCAUCUGGAACAUUGAUGCACAAUCACUCUCAAUGGAUGAAGUAGAGUUUGAGAAGAAAAUGGAAUCUGCUAGAGAACAUUUAUUAGGCCUAUCCACCAACACGGAGAGCCAAAGAAAUCAAACCACUUUAGAUGCUUUGGAGAAUAAGAUGGGGAGUUUGAGAGCUAACAGAAAUUCAGAUGAUUCUUUGUCUGUGAGCAAGCAUCAGGUUGCAAACCAAUCAUUUGAGGUGAGUAUAGACCGAGAUAUGAAGGAUAAAUCAAUGGCACACAGGUCAUCCACCUCAGAUUUGGAGAAGAAAGGAGCUACAGAUCUUCUGAAGGAUGAUAACUUAAGCAGACAUUUCCAAGAGUACCCAUUCUUAUUUGCUCGUGCUGGAGAUUUGACAGUUGAUGAUGUAGAAAGCCUUCUGAAUUGCUAUAAACAACUUGUUCUUAGGUAUGUAGCUCUUUCCAAAGGAAUGGGCAUCAGUAAUGAGUCUCUUCCUGCAACCAGUGAGCAGACACCAGCAAAAGCUGAGACCACUGGGGAGCCUGAAGAUGUAGCAGAAACAGAGAUGAACAAUGAAAGGGUUGACAUCAUCAGUGGAAGUAAUGACAGUUCAAGUGAGAAUAUGAUUUCAGGAACGGACGGCACUGAGACCAAGAAGGAUCCUGAUGACUCGGUUGCCCAUUCAGGUGUAGAAAAGGAUGAUGAAUUCCAUUAGCCUUAUUUUUGCAAAUGUGUGAAGUGUGAACAGUGUAUUCUGCUCUCUUUAUGCUAGAUGUCACAGAAACUAUUGCAUAUGCUCAAGGCAAGCAUCACAGGAGCACAGUUGUGCGGGUAGGAGCAGUAAAAUGGUGUUUGAUUUAGAAGAUUGAAGUUCAGAGGGAGAAGAAUGGAACGUGGCUGCAUUUUACAGAGAAAAAUAGCUACAUUACAUCUGUCUUCAAGAACAUGUGCAAACCAAAUCCUGCUGGCUAAUCAAUUCUACCAUAGAUCUUGGAGAGGUGUCUCGGGUCGUCUGCAUUUCCUCCACUCUUGGAUCAACUUUCCCAGGCCACAGCAUGUGCCAACUCUAGUUUCAUAUAUCACCAUUCCGUUGUGUACUUUGUCAGGUGUUCCUUGAUCUUUUCAGAAGAUGCUCGCUUUAUUGUGCUCUUGAGAGCAUUUAACAUUUUCUAGAUUGAUUCCAUAAAAAAAAAAAAAAUUGAAAUUGAUUUGUUAGGGCAGCAUUCCACUUAUUGCUGUGGUGCUCCUUGACCUGGAUGAUGCUUUCUGCA